AUGGAUAACGAAAGUCCAGAGCACUCGUCAACUGAAUCGAACAUCGAUAAAUUGCAAAAAAUACACGUUUCUUCGUCGAACGAAGAUGAUGACUCCGAUUCCACUAAAUCAUAUUACAGCGAUUCUGAACCCGAAACCUUGUUGUCCACCAGCAUGCCGGUACAGUACAAGCUCCCGCAGCGAAAAACAUCGGUGGGCCGCUUUCCGGUGAAACGUACUCUAGUGGAUCGCAUGGCCGCUUUAUACAAAUCCGUUAGAAUGAAGCACGGUACGACUGCACUUGAUAUAAUUGUACCAUCGAACCGCAACACAACCACGCCAUCAACUAGUGGCACAUUUCAGUCCAACACGACCACGACACCAAACAGCGAUACGACUCAGUGCAACACGACCACAACAUCAAACAGCGGUGCAACCCAGUGCAACACGACCAAGCCGUUAAAUAAAGGUAAGGCUCAGCAAAAUAUGACUACUCAGACGGACAACAACGAACCAAACAAAAAAGCGAUAUCGGCUUCGCAAUUUUAUGUGAACCCGCAGUGGAUGUUCCCAACUUCGUCGUUACCCCGUACUUCGUCCAACAACUCCAAGAAACCAAUACCUCCUCCAAGAUCAAAGCCUCCUGCUCCACCAUACAUUUGUCCGCCUCCGUAUGUGGAACCAUCUGACAUGUCUCAAACUUCCAAGUAUACUAAAAGUUCUCAGUGUCCACCCUAUAGGUACCCAUGUUCCAGUCCACCCUACACUACACAAUCCUCCUCGCUUACUUACAUGUCACAGUCUCCCACCAAGCCUUACAUGUCGCAAACAUAUAUUUUAAGCACUCGGAUUCUUACGCCACUCUACAGGGCAAAAUUUCCUACACUAACUGACAGUACACUUUCAUCCGUGCCAUUUUAUAAGCCUCAGUCUUCUUCGUUAACCAUCACGUCUCAGACUCCCAAGACACUCAAUACGUCUCAAAUGUCUAUGCGUUUCAAAAGAUCUCAGUCGUCUUCAGUACCAUCUUAUAAGUCAAAAUAUCCUACACCAACUGAUAGCACACUGUCAUCCGUGCCAUUUCAUACGCCUCAGUCUUCUUCGUUAACCAUCACGUCUCAGACUCCCAAGACUCUCAAUACGUCUCAAAUGUCUAUGCGUUUUAAAAGAUCUCAGUCGUCUUCCGUACCAUCUUAUAAGCCAAAAUAUCCUACACCGACCGAUAACACAUCGACUUCCGUGCCAUUUCAUACGUCUCAGGGUUCUUCGCUGACCAACACGUCUCAAACUUCCAUAUCUUCUUUAAAGUCUCAGUUUUCCACACCAUCGCAUAGUCUCCCAAAUUCUACGUCAUCUGGUAGCUCCCAAUCUUCUGCACCAAUCCUCAUAUCUCAGCCGUCCUCCUCGCAGUCCCACACCUCCCAGUCAUCUACGUCAACCAACGAUUUUACGUCUCCUUCAGCUCGCUUGACUCCACGGUCCGCCCAUUACAUCGCUUCCUCGUCCUUCUCACAUUACACGUUUCCUCGCGCUGCACACUAUAAUACGCCUGAUUCAAGUACUCGCCGCACGGUUAUGCCACAGUCGUCUACAGAAAACACGUAUCCGUUGUCCGUGUGCGAGUCGACACGCAAUGUCUGGCCUACAGAAAUGGGCUCCGUAAUACAGGUUUCGAUGCAAAACAUUUGGGAGGUUUUGGCCAGCCAAGUGCAUGACACGUGCACAAGCUUGCAGAAUCCAUCGAAACAAUCCACCCCCAAAAGCUCAGAUGAAAAUGCUUCGCUGCCGCCCACCGUCUCACAACAAGAAAAAAACAAGUUGAACGUCGACCCAGAGUCAUCUGAUUCGAAAACAUCAGCAUCCAAAUCUUGUGACAGUAACACCAAUGAUUAUCCUGUGGUUGAUUUACUACCGUUAUACAUACACGGCAUUGAAAGAAAAGAUGCUCUAGAGGAGUAUAUCAAAACGGAGUUAGAGAGAGCGUGGAUAUACUUUAACAAGAUGGAAGUCGUAGACAUCAAGUCGAUAGGUGAAAUCAAGUGUAUCUGUCCAACGAUCGAAUAUGAGGAUAUGCUUAAGUCGCCGUUGGAUGAGAAGUUUAUGAUAGCGAACAUGUCCCGCCAGUACAGAGCCAAUAAUUUACUUUUUGAAACAAAGUAUAAUUAUAACGGUCCACCGAAGAAAACAAUCGUUGCUGAGAAUAUGGAAGAACCAAUUCUCAAAUGGCUCAUUACUAAGAAAUUGCAAACACAUUAUUGGUUUUUCAAAACUCUCAGUUUCUUUGAAAUACAAAAUAUAAAUCCAUCAAACAUUGAAAAAUUCAUCAAGAGAUCAAAAGUUGAUAAAAUAAUUGUAAUGGCAGACCAACUAGAAAUGUGUUGUUCACUCAAAAAAAUUAAAGAACGUCCAGUAUCGUUGCUUGCCAUUUUAAUAUAUCUCAGAGAAAAUAAAGUUGAUCCAGAACUAUUUGCAAAAGUUGUGAUUCCCUUCAUUGUGGAAAUUUUACAGUUCCCUGUAGCCGACGAAAGAUGCAUCCCAGGAGAUAUAUUGAACCAAUACGUUAUUGUAAUUUGGCAACAUUUAUUAUUGGAAAUAAUGAAGUUGUAUAAAGUGGAUGAUACGACUGAUGCAGAUAGUACCACAAGUAACUUGGCAAAACAGUUAACAUAUGAACACACACAAACAGACAUUGAAAUACUAAAGAGAUUAGUACCUACAUAAAAAAAAGAUUAUGAGGAAUAAACCGCUCACAAAGCUGAUUUAAAUGUGAUUUUUACUAUUAAUUUAUUAUUAUUUUAUUUUUAUUCAAUUUUUAAAUUAAUUGAAUCAUUAACAAUUAUUUAAAUGUUUUUAAUAAUUAUUAUGU